AUGAAGAGCGACUUCUUGGGCGCCACGAUCGCGAUCGCCGCAGCCAUCGGCUCGAACCUCGGCGUCAACGUCCAGAAGCGGUCGCACAUGCAGGAGGACGAGCGUCCGAAGCACCUCCAGCGGCCGUACACGAAGCGCCCCGUGUGGUGGCUUGGCAUGUUUCUCGUUGUCUUUGGCUCGCUUGGCGACCUCUUUGCCCUGGGUUUUGCGCCGCAGACGCUCGUGGCCUCGCUGGGUGGCGGCUCGACGAUCGUCGCCAACGUCCUUAUCGCUCGCUUUUG